UCACAAUGCCUCUUAGACAUCAGGAAACUUGGACUGCAAGGAAAUAGUAGAUAUCACAUGUUCAAAAGCGACAGUUGACUCCUCCACGACAAAGUCCUCCCCCACUAUCUAACCUCUGCUUAUUUAUUCUCAUCCAAGAUCAUUACAGAUCAGAACACACACUCAUCUCCUCAAAUCCCAAGAGAGAGAAAGGACAAAAAGAGUGAGGCGAAAAACAAACUAAAAAGGGAGCAAAAAGCAUUACAAAUCUGCUCACCUCCUCAUCGAGCUCCUGAAGAUCUCCAUGGCUUCAUAUGAAAAGGCCAUAGAAUCAUACAAGAAGGCCGUCACCACAGCCGCAUCUGUCGCGGCCUCUGCUAUGCUCCUACGUGGGGUGGUCAAUGAGCUCGUUCCCCACGAAGUGCGGGACUUCAUCUUCUCCGGCAUCCACGAUCUGCGCUCUUGCAUGUCCUCGCAGCACACAAUCGUGAUUGAACAGACCGAAGGGUACGCCAACAAUCAAAUCUAUGAGGCUGCGAAAUUGUACCUAGCAACCCGCAUCAACACUAACAUGCGAAGGCUAAGGGUGAGCAGGGUAAACGAAACAAAGAGCAUGCUAAUCAGUAUGGAGGAGGGGGAGGAGAUGGUCGACGUGUAUGAAGGUACCGAAUUCAAAUGGCAGUUGGUUUGCCGGGAAACCUCCAGCGGCACUUCGAGCAAUGGCAAUUUCCGGCAGAUCGAAGUCCGAUCAUUCGAGCUCGGCUUCCACAAGAAGCACAAGGAAAAGGCACUUUACUCCUACUUGCCAUUUAUAUUAGCAAGGGCAAAAGAACUUAAGCAGGAGGACAGAGCACUCAAGCUCUACAUGAAUGACGACGAUUCAUGGUACCCCAUAGAUUUGCACCACCCUUCAACAUUCGACACGCUUGCAAUGGACACAGAGCUUAAGAAGGCGGUGAUGGAUGAUCUUUCAAAGUUUGUGAAGAGGAAGGACUAUUACAAGAGAAUCGGCAAGGCUUGGAAGCGAGGGUACCUGCUUUACGGGCCACCUGGGACUGGGAAGUCGAGCUUAAUUGCUGCAAUGGCAAAUUAUCUCAAGUUCGAUAUCUAUGACUUGGAGCUCACAGAAAUAAGAUGCAACAACGACCUGCGACAAUUACUGAUUGGUAUGUCCAACAAAUCAAUACUCGUCAUAGAGGACAUUGAUUGCACGAUCAAUAUCCAACAAAAGGGCAAGAACGAGGAUCAGAAUACAUCAAACAACGACAAGGUAACGCUCUCUGGUCUGCUCAACUUUGUUGAUGGGCUGUGGUCGACAAGCGGGGAGGAGCGGAUCAUCGUAUUCACUACAAACUACAAAGAGCGCCUCGACCCCGCGCUGCUGAGACCCGGACGAAUGGAUAUGCACAUACAUAUGAGCUACUGUGGCAUCGAUGCAUUCAGGGUGUUGGCUUCCAACUACCAUGCCAUUAAUGACCACAAAUUGUUCCCAGAGAUCGAAGGGUUGAUAACGGAAGUCGAGAUAGCUCCGGCGGCAGUGGCGGAGGAGCUGAUGAGGAGUGAUGACACUGAUGCUGCACUUCAAGGGCUCCUCGAUUUCCUCAAGGCAAAGAGAAACGGUAAAAAUGAAGAUAAAGUUGAGGAACAAAAUGUCGAAGAUGGGUAAGAUGAGGUAGAGAAGCAGAAAAAGUAAGAUAGAGAUGACGACGAAAAUUUAGUUGGAGCCACUGAUAUUAAGAAGCACUAGAGAAAUUCUUGCUAUUAACAGUGUCAAUAAAUUGUAUGGAACUUUAUGGAAGAUGAGAUAUUUGGCGACUUCCUUUCGCUCUCAA